AUGGAUAAAAUCAGUCGCAGAAACAAAAUUAUGCAAGACCUAAUUGGUCCUGAUUUAGCAGCGAUUCUUUAUUCGGCUUUAGAGCUCAACCUUCCUGAGUUGUUAUAGGAGUUUUCUCUAUAAAGCCCGAUAAGGGCCGUGGGUUCUCCGUGGAAUACCUCUGUUGGUCAAUCUAACUCAGUGCGUUGGCUUGACUAAUUCACUGGUUGGUUCAACCAGCAGAGGGAUUCUACGGAGAACCCACAGCCCUUAUCGGGCCAUAUAGGGAAAACUCCUAUAACUACCCCAAAAUCCAUUGAAAUUUUAGCAGAAAUCACUGGAGCAAUUCCAGAAAAAUUAGAGAAAACUAUGAUAGCUUUAAAAUCUUUUGGAUUUUUUUCCAUAUGCUUUGAGUCAUGAACUCUUUUGUCAAUAAAAUUAUAAAAGUUUUACAAUUUAAUUUAAAAUAGUUAACGUCAUAAAUAACUGCAAAACGAACUUAAGUUAUCAUAGCAUAACCCUAAAACAAAUGAAUGAACGAAUUCUCGAUUAUCAUCUGAACUUCUUAUAGAGGCUCUCUAUAAUGUUUCAAAAUACCUAUUAAUGCCUUACAAACGCGAGCUGCUCUGCAGUUUUACUGAUUCCCUCAGAGUUGAGGAAUCUGCCCAGGAAAUUCGCUUUGGUUGCAAAUUCUAUGAAUAUUUGACUCAAAAUGCAACCAUUUUGGGAUUUUAUGAAAAAGCAAUGGCAGGAUGGACAAAUAUAGAAGGAAAAAAAGCAAUGGCAGUUGAUUUAAGUUCUUCUAGCAGAGUCUUAGAUUUAGGAGGAGGUGAUGGGUCUCUGCUAAUAAAUAUCGCACUUGAAAACCCUCACAUCACUGGCUCAAUCUUUGAAAUCCCAGAAAAUAUGUCAACGAUUACAAAAAAUAUAGAAAACAAUGCUUUAGAACAAAGACUUACAGCUGUGCCUGGGAAUUUUUUUGACUCAGUGCCAGAAGGAUAUGACUGUAUUUUAUUAAAAAAUAUUUUAGUAAUUUAUACAGACGCUGACUGUGUAAGAAUUUUGAAAAAUUGCAGAAAUUCAUUAAAGCCAGGUAAUAAGAUUAAAUGGUUUGAAGGAAUAAAAGACAAAACAAAUCCUAGAAAAUGAACCUUUGUGCAAGAUGUGGGGAUGAUGGCAUGGGGAAGAGGAAGAGUUAGGACCAAUGAGGAAAUGGAAAAAAUUUUAAAUGAGGCAGGGUUUAGGGUUGAAAGUUUUACUCCUGCAAUCAAAAAAGAUCUGUAUGGCGAUGAUGGCCCUUUACUUAUUCCGGCAUCAUCAUAUUACUGUACUAAUGCAGUAGCUAUUUAA